CGGGAGGGUCCGCGCUCGGAUACGGUGUUAGCAGCAAAGCGCUGUGAGCCCGCUGGGGCUAGAUCGGUCUUCUUCCAGUCAUUAGAUUGACGUUAGUAGGAGCCUGGAGAUCGUGCUCUCCCCUGAUCUUUGCUAACUGAGAGAGGAGGAACAAGCAGGGUGUUUAAAAAAAAAAAAAAGCUGCUUUUCCUAGGAAAAGAAGGAAACUCUCACCUGCAGAGAUCUGCCUUCAAGAAAGCACCGAGAUGCUGCAGCUCUGUCUCUUCCCUGUCGUGGGAGCCUUGCUGAUGCUGUUCACAGCAAAGCAGUUGGAGAAGCUUGCCAAGAAAGCUGAGAAAGACUCCAAGGCUGAGCAAGCCAAAGUCAAAAAGGCUCUCCAGCAGAAGAACGUGGAAUGUGCUCGUGUCUACGCAGAGAAUGCAAUCCGCAAGAAGAACGAGGGGCUCAACUGGCUUCGCAUGGCUUCCCGAGUGGAUGCGGUGGCCUCCAAGGUCCAGACAGCAGUGACAAUGAAGGGGGUGACAAAAAACAUGGCUCAGGUGACCAAGGCCUUGGACAAGGCUCUGAGCUCCAUGGAUCUGCAGAAGGUGUCUGCAGUGAUGGACAAAUUUGAGCAGCAGGUCCAGAAUUUGGAUGUUCAUACAUCGGUGAUGGAGGACUCCAUGAGCUCUGCUACCACGCUGACCACCCCGCAGGAGCAGGUGGACAGCCUCAUCGUCCAGAUCGCAGAGGAGAACGGCCUGGAGAUCAUGGACCAACUCAACCAGCUCCCUGAGGGUGCUUCGGCUGUAGGGGAGAGCUCAGUCCGCACUCAAGAAGACCAACUCUCGCGAAGGUUGGCUGCCUUACGAAAUUAAGGUCUCCCAUCAUCCCUGCGGACUGCUGCCUCACACUAGUUGUAUGGUGUGUGGGGGUGGAGGGGGCCCUGGGACUCCUUCCCCACAGCCUCUGCUACAUCCUUGCUCUGACCAACUAGCCAGGCAGAGCUGACCAACCCCUCCUUCAUCAGCACGUUCCCAGCCCUGCCUGGCUCUGGUUAGACCCUUCUUUUAUGAUGUGAGGCUGGCGACUUCUCCCAGAGCAGGCAGAGAUGCUGGCGGGGGUUUGCUGAUCAAACGCAGCCUUGCUCUGGCUUGGAAAAUACUUUGCCGGUUCUGAUUUCAGGGUGUUUUUCCUUUGAGGGGUGCUGCUGAUUUCUCACAGCAUUCCAGGGCUUCUGGAUGAGAGCAACAUGCUGCUCCAGAUUUAACACUAAAUGAGUCUUUCUGGAGGUUGAUUGCAGAGUCUUCUCGGGUGCUGGUGCCUGACUCCUCCCCACGUAGCACACUUUCAUUACCUAUUUUAGACUGGGCCUCUGAGCUGUGGGCAGCCCCUUCCUAAGGACUCGCAGCCACUAACUUUAUAUGGAGCAGGGAGAGACGUAGGAAUUCCUUUUGCGUUGCAGUUGGCUGGGAAGGGGACUCUGGCCUGGGUUGUCUUCCUGCCUGUGGUGUUCUGGGAGGGUUAGUGCCUUGCCAGAAGGUGUGGUUGUGCCAUGGUGUCUCUUUUGCUAGCAGUGACCUUCCCAAGCCAUCGUUAAUGCAGUUUACAGCCAUCAGUUGGUGCCCUGUUUGCAAACUUUACCUUGCCAAUUGCUAACUCUUGGUGGGCAAAUCUCCCUGCAUCUCUUUGCCACAAAGUGACCUUUAAAACGUUUGACCUGCCCUGCACAAGCAUGAGUUUGUUUGUGUUUAAGUAUAAAUCCACACGUUCGCUAUCUGCCAACUGCUGAGCUGUGGAAGUGUUUUCCAGGCAGUGACCUCCCAUGUAGCCUGACAUCCAGCAACUGGGACUAAAUCACAGCAACUUCCACUCCUGGGCUAGGAGCCAUGGUGACAACAGCCUUCCCCAGCCUUGUUCCUAAAUAUCUCCCAGGAGGUUGGGUGUGACCGUGAAUGGCAAACCAUCCUGACAGCGUGUGUCCCUGCGCUGUCCCCUCGCUCUGGCUUGACCCUUGGAUAUCUCUGCUGCCUUUUCCUCUCCACUGUCCCCACCUCGUCAGUUGAUAACGCCGUGCAGGAGCUGGCACGGUGCCAUGCGUGCUGACAGCGCCGAGCUGUGCUGUGUGCAGCUUAGGCUGUGCGGCCAGUCCUGCUACAGCAGGGUGGGUAUGAUUCAUCAGAGUUUUCUGUUCAAAGAAUCAGUUUUUAAGGGAAUUUGAAGUCGUGCACAGCUGCUGCUUUGGGCUGUGCUCCAAGUAGGACCCUUUGCCGCUAAUGGAAGGGAAAAGCAAGUGUUGGGGGGAAGGGAGAGUGGCCCAGUGCAACCUCCAGGGGCAGCGGAUGCCCCGCUCCGGCUGUGCGCCGCUCUGCCUGCGGGCUGCCUGCGGCCAGAGGCCGACCGUGCAGCACCUGUAGCAAAGACACUUUUUGCUCCCUUGGUUGUUUCUUAGGAGUUCAGUGGCCUUGGCAGUAGGUGUCCCAUGGCCUAGAGAGCAUUCUUCCCCUGUGCCCGCUGCAGCGGGGAAGCACCGCAGGGCAGUCCUGGGCGGGCAUUGCUGGGGACCGCAGCCGGGAGCGCCCCUCCUACGGGCCCGGGAGCAGCCGUUGGGGUGCUGGCGGGGCUGGCGGGCGCCC